CCCGAUCUGGUGGGGAAUAAUAGAUGCCUCGGAUCCAAACAUUGUAUCAGACCUUCUGACGGAAGCAGAUAUGUCGGAGCUGAUCGCCGUAUUUUCAUCUGCCUUAAUGCUGGCCAUCUCACUGAAUGUUGGACAAUACUAGAUCCUAUAGCUGAGAGGUGUUUACAGACUCUUGCUAAGCUCUGUAAGAUUGGAAAAAUAGUGCGACUCGAAGGAAUGCGCGGAGCUAUCCUUGAAAUUCAGAACAUGGCGAGGAAUGCUGAGAUGCGAAGCUUAAAUGUUUCUUUAUUUGACGAAGAAGAUACGAAUGAUAAGGAAAAGCCGGAACUUCUUGUCAAAGAAGAAGACUACCUAAACCCUGAUGUGCAAUAUAUCGUGGACUUGAUUCGAUUCACCGAAAAUUCCGAGAGGGAUAUUGAUAUCUUCAUCAAACGACAUAUAUUUUCGUGCCUCGACAACGUUCUAGACAGCCACUUCGGUGAAAUGGUAUCAAGGGCUUCCCGGGAUCGUCGAGCUGUGGCGGUAGAUGCCCAAAAACCACAGAGGGAUAUCAUAUGGACAGGAUGUUUACGGCAUGAUCUGGCAAAAGAUUUGCCGUAUGGUCGCGAAUUUUCACUUUGCGAGCGCACAGGCUCCAAAAUUGAUAAUGAACGAAAGAUUCUUUCAAAUACCUUAAAAGCUCAGAAGACAUUAAGAGACAUGCAUAGAACCCUAAUUGAAGCGAUAUCAGCUGAUGGAGCUGGAUUUUAUACAUCAGUAAAUUUGGCGGAUUUUGAUAUUCCAACCACAUAUUCAGAACUUGGGUCUGUCAUUAGGAUUGCGCGCAUUAUGCUUCAAAAAUUGUUGAAUCUUACAGUUUGUCGAUUCAAGCUUAUGAAGGAUAGAGCUGAGAAGGAAAAAUUCACUGUUGGAAGAGUGAUAGUGAACGCCCGACUGAAGGAGUAUCGAUCACCACAAAAGCGAAAAAUAGUAAUCAGGAAAGACCAGUUGGAAUAUAACAUUUUGUUGUAA